AUGUCGAAGCCGCGCGUGGAGAUGGCGCCGUCCAGCGCGCUGCCGUCGUACGAGCGGUUCCAGCGGCACAGCGCGGCGCCCGUGGACGAGAGCAACCUGAGCAUCGCGCAGCGGCUCGUGCUGGAGAACAAGAAGCGCGCGCAGAACUCGGCGCGGCGCCGCAACACGCAGGAGGUGGUGGCGGCGCUGCGCCACACGCCCGUGGAGGUGGGCGCGCACAUCUGGAUCCCGGACCCGGAGCGCGUGUGGCGCGUGGUGGAGAUCGUGCGCUACGAGCCCGCCGAGGACCCCGAGCAGGGCAUGGUGCUCACGGUCAACGGCAAGUUCGGGCAGGAGCACGUGGACCUGCGCGACGUCGGCGACCUGUACAAGGUCAACCCGCGCGUGGUGGACGACAUGACGUCGCUCUACUACAUCCACGAGGCCGGCAUCCUCGAGAACCUCUACGUGCGCUCCAAGAUGGACAACCUGCGGCCCUACACGCUCAUGGCCAACGUGCUGAUCGCCGUCAACCCGCUCGUGCGCACGGUGGAGCCCAAGGUCACGGACUACAUCAAGACCCAGAUGGGGGACCGCCCCCCGCACCCGUACGCCAUCGCCGAGGUGGCCUUCCAGCAGAUGGCGCUGCGCACGCCCGCGCAGUGCCAGUCGAUCGUCAUCUCCGGCGAGUCGGGCGCCGGCAAGACCGAGACGUCCAAGAUCGCGCUGACCAAGGAGCUCAAGCUCGAGCCCGUCAACAACUUCGACUACCUGAACCAGAGCGGCUGCGUGUCGGACCCGAACGUGGACGACGAGAUCCUGUUCGACGAGGUGGCCAGCGCGCUGACCUCCGUGAACAUCGACGCGGGACUGCAGAAGCAGGUCUGGACCAUUCUGUCGGGUCUGCUGCACUUGGGUAACAUCCGCCUGAAAGACCGCGAGACGGCCGAGGGCGAUGCCGGUGAGGUCACGCCCGAGGCGCAGAAGUACGUGGCGUCCUGCGCUGAGCUGCUCGGCGUGGACAGCAACAACCUGCUGCAAGUGAUCACCACGCGCGAGAUCUCCACGCGCACGGAGAACUUCACGAUCAAGCGUUCGGCCAAGGAGGGAAGCUACGUGCGUGACGCCAUCGCCAAGUCGAUCUACAACCACCUGUUCAAGUGGAUCCUGUUUAAGAUCAACAGCUCGCUGGGCCACGGCGACAGCUCGCUGCCGUUCAUCGGUGUGCUCGAUAUCUUCGGUUUCGAGUCCUUCGAGGAGAACGACUUCGAGCAGCUGCUGAUCAACUACGCCAACGAGGCCCUGCAGGCCACGUUCAACCAGCAGGUGUUCAUCGCCGAGCAGGAGCUGUUCGCCGCGGAAGGUAUUGAGGUCGGCAAGAUUAUCUGGCCCGACAACCGCGAGUGUAUCGACCUGAUCUCGCAGAAGCCGAACGGUAUUCUGCCGCUGCUGGACCAGGAGGCCAAGAUGCCCAAGCCGUCCGACGAGAAGUGGAACGCCACGCUGCACAAGACGCACGCGAAUCACCCGCACUUCCUGGCCCCGCACGAGAAGGACAAGAAGUACGAGUUCAUCGUCAAGCACUUUGCCACGCGCGUGCCGUACACGAUCGGCAACUUCAUCGACAAGAACAACGACACGAUCCCCAAGGACCUCGAGGACUUUGUGACGUCCAGCAAGUCAUCACUUAUUAAGGAGCUGUUCUCGUCGAAGCUGGACCUGGACACCAUGAACGGUUCCUCCAACAUGAGCCAGCUGCACAAGCAGACUGUUUCGGCCAAGUUCUGCGACCAGAUGCAGGAGCUGACGGACACGCUGAACGCGACACGUUGCAACUUCAUCCGGUGUAUUAAGCCGAACCCGACGAUGUCGCCUGGCGUUUUCGACCAUGGCUACGUUGUGGACCAGCUGCGUUGCUCUGGUAUGCUUGCCACGUGCGAGCUGCUUAAGGUGGGUCUGCCUACGCGUGUGUCGUACGAAGAAAUCUGCCGUAUCUAUAAGCCCGUGCUGCCGCCGUCGGUCACUCCCAUGUUCGACGCCUACAACGACCGCACCUUCACGGAGGCCGUGCUGUGGUCGUUCCGCGUCGAGCCUGACGCCUACCGCCUGGGUCGCACCAAGGUAUUCUUCAAGACGGGCAAGAUUGCCCUGCUGGACGCGCUGCUGAAGGUAGACAUGAAGAAGAUGGGACCGUGGAUCGUUGCUCGUCUUCGCAAGUGGCUCGCGCGUCGCCGUUGGCGUUAUGCUCUGGCCAAGGUGCUCGCCCAGCGUGCGUUCCUGUGGCUGCUGGAAGACACUAGACGUCGCAAGGCCGCCGUUGUUAAAAUGCAGGCCGUGAUGCGCAUGUUUGCUGUCCGCAAGCAGUUCAUCCGUGCCCGCAAUGCGCACCGCCUCAAGAUGCGCCGUCAGGCGCUAGCCCAGAAGCACUGGAAGCAGGCCAUUGGUGGCGUCCUCGCCGCCAACGCCUUCAAGAAGCUCUUGGAGCAGACUCGCCAGCGCAUGGCCGCGCAACUUGCGGAGAAGAACGCAGCUGCGAUCCAGAUCCAGUCGCUUGUGCGCGGCAAGUUUGGCCGCAAGCAGGCCAACAAGCGUCGUGCCCAGGUCGAAGAUGAGAAGAUGCGUAAGAGGCUGGCGGAGGAAGCCGCUCGUCUCGAGGCGGAGAAGAAGAAGUCGGCCAAGAAGCGCUGGCUGACUGCGUUCUACGUCAUUCAGGCCCAGCGUCACUUUGUGCAGCGCCUGCACCACAUCCGUAAGGCUCGCCUGGCAGUGGAGGAGGCCCGGCGACUUGCUGCCGAACAGGAGCAGCUGCGGCUCCAGCGUGAGGAGGAGGAGCGCCAGCGUCGCCUUCAGGAGGAAGAGGAAGAGCGUGAGCGCCAGCGCCAGUUGGAGCUGAAGCGGGCCGCUGCGGCCACCGCUAUUCAGCGUGCCUACCGUCGCUCUGUCGGCCGUGAAGAGGCCAGACGCCAGGCUGCCGUGGAGCGUGCUCAGGCCGCGUCUCUCGCUGCUGCUAUGGCCGCCCAGGAUGCCGCACAGGCCGCCCAGGACGCGUCCAUGGCCCACGAUGCUGAGGCCGCUGCUCUGCGUAAGCUGAGCGCAUACGACGAGGCCCAGAGGAAGGCUGCUAUGGCUGGCACGCUGGGCACGGCUCCUGCCCUCGGUGCCCUUGGUGUCCCCGGUGUUGCUGGCAACGGACCUGCAACGCUGGGCUCCGUGCAGCCAAUGCAGGCUUCUGCUGGCCAGGCCGGCCAGAUUGGUGCUGUUGGCUCCAUGGGAGUUGCCGGUGCUAUGGUCGGACAGGAAUCGCUGCAGAACGCCGACAUGAGCUGGGUGGCGGGCGACAACGCCAAGAUCGAGGGCGAGGCCGUUGCCGGUGAUGCGCUGCGCCAGGAGCAGCUUGCGCAGGCUGGCCGGGACUUGUUCGGCGAGGGCGGCGAGGCCCCCGCUGGCCCGGUGAUGUCGGCUGACGACGAGAACCUGAUCAACCCGGUUGAGAAGAUUCAGGAGUUCCCGACGGGUCCUCCGAUCCCGUACAAGGGCGGCAUCCUUACGUGCACGAUGCUGGGACACCGCAAGCAGCAGGACCAGAACUGGGGCGACGAGUACACGGAGUAUGUGCUGCGUGUGACGUGGGGCCGUGACAUCCUUGAGCAGUCGAAGACGGCCUGGCUCGUGGGUGGACGCUACAACGACUUCAACGCGCUGCACCAGGAGCUGAAGGCCGCCGCCUCGGGCCGCCGUGGCAAGCGUGCUCCGUGGUUCCCGCGCUUCCCCAAGCGCCACCCGUUCUCGUCGAUGAUCGGCAAGAACCAGGAGGAGAAGUUCAUCAUCAAGCGCGAGAAGGAGAUGAACCGCUACAUGACGCAGGUGCUGACUCAGAUGCCGGACGCCCUGCUGAACAUCCACAUGGACCGCUUCCUCAACUUGACGCUCCGAACGCAGGACAUCUGCGAGCGUGAGGCGUACGCCGAGGCGCGCAAGCGCUGGGAGGAGGAGGAGCGCGAGGCGUUGGCCAACGCUGCCGAUGCCGAGCCGCUGAACGACGCCGACCUGCAGGAGGUGGAGCAGCUGGUGCACCAGCUACUGCAGAAGAUCAUCUACGCCGCCGGUGACGUCCGCCAGGACACGGAGCUGCAGGAGAUGAUCCACGCCGUCAAGGUGCUGCAGCCGCGUGUGGCCGCGUCGGCGCAGAUCGGUGGCAAUGUGAACAUCGAGCUGAUCCCGCUGGCCAUGCAGCUGCAGGACGACAUCCAGGACGCCUUCAAUCAGUACAACGACACGCUGCUGGCGCUGCGGCUGGGCCAGGACCUCAACUAACCGACCGUCCAGCCCGUCGGUUGUCCGGUAUUCGUCGUGUGGUGUCUGCAGCGGAGGCUCGCUUCUCUUUUCUGCUUUUGACUAACUUGCAUGUUUCAAAAAUGGGAUGGCCUCGAUCGAAGAGGCCAGUCCCCGGCCGCUGCGCACACGACUCGAGCGCUCUUUGCAGCGCUCCCCUCACUCCGUCUAGGGUCUUGCUUCCGUUCCGUACGGCUUUCUGAAUUGCAAUAGACGAGAUGUGAAAGGGU